UUAUUUUCCCCAUUUCUGAAGGGGAAAUUCCGAGUGGAUUCCGGUGAAUUUGGAAGCGGGAGUGAAUUAAGUGCCAAUGGAGAUGUUGCCGUAAGAACACGCUUGGGUUUUUUUUUCCCCCGGGGGGGCUGCGUGGCAUGGGCUCGCGCGGUGGCGCCAGUGGCGGCCUGGGCGCCACGGGCCAAACGUCGACCUUCGCCAUGGAUGGGAAAGUGGCUCGGUUGUAUGAUCUGGAAGAGACCCUGGGCAAAGGCCACUAUGCAGUCGUCAAGCUGGCCAGGCAUGUGUUCACUGGCGAACGAGUCGCCGUUAAGGUUAUCGACAAGACCCGAUUGGAUGACGCAUCCAAGGCACAAUUGUAUCAGGAAAUUAGAUGCAUGAAAAUGGUGCAACAUCCGAUCGUAGUCCGGCUCUACGAGGUGAUCGACACGCAAACGAAGCUCUACCUGGUGCUGGAAUACGGCGACGGCGGCGACCUCUAUGACUACAUCAUGCGUCACGAGCACGGCGUGGACGAGGCGACUGCGAGGCGCCACUUUCGGCAAAUCAUCCGGGCCAUAUCGUAUUGCCACCAGCUCCACGUGGUGCACAGGGACCUAAAGCCCGAGAAUGUGGUGUUCUUCAAGCGAUUAGGACUCGUCAAAUUGACUGAUUUCGGCUUCAGCAACAAGUUCUCUCCUGGACAAAAGUUGGCCACGAGUUGCGGGUCCUUGGCUUAUUCCGCCCCCGAGAUUUUGCUGGGGGACCAAUACGAUGCUCCUGCAGUUGAUAUUUGGUCCUUGGGAGUGAUACUCUAUAUGCUGGUUUGCGGAAGACCUCCUUUUCAAGAAGCCACUGAUAACGAGACCCUCAUCAUGAUCAUGGACUGCAAGUAUACAGUUCCUGCUCAUGUCUCCAAGGAGUGCAAAAAGUUGAUUGGACGGAUGUUGCAACGUGAACCUGGGAAUAGAGCUUCGUUGGAAUCGAUUGCUAAUGAUCAAUGGCUCAUGUGUGGACCAGGAGAAGGGGAUUGUGCCAAAUAUGAAGACUACCUGCCUUUGGUUUCUCGUCAUCACCUGAGCGAGGAAGAACAUGGUGCUAUAGUGAAUGAAAUGGUUACUGGAGGGGUCGCCGACGAGGAACAGAUUCACUGUUGCCUCGAAAAGGAUGAAUAUAAUCACGUGACGGCCACUUAUUUCCUGUUGGCCGAGAAGCGCCUUCGAGGUCGUCGACUCCAACAAACCGCGAAAUGCCAUUCGGCGCCCGAAGAAGCCACUCAUCUCGCUCCUCCUCACCCUUCGCAUCCCCACGCGAGAGACGAAGACCAAGACGUCGUCUGCUCUCUAGUCAAAACCAAGUCCGCCGAAAACAUUCUGUCUGACGAGGAAAGCCAGAGGCCGCGGAAACGGGAUCCGUCUUCGUUGGACGAUUUCCACGCGUUGCAAAGCGCGCUGAAAGAAGAGUCCCUGUCGUCGACGUCGUCUUCCGGGAGCAACAGUUUGAGCUCGUCGCCGACGAAGAAACCCGGGACUAGUAGUUCCGGCGUCAGGAAGCUGCAUCCGGUCAAGAGUUCCCCGCAGCUCGUGCUGAAUGAAAUUUGCGAAGAGGACGAGAGUGAUGCGAGUGGAGUGGAGCACGGAUCCCUGCGACUUCUUCCCGCGACGAUCGUCUCGCCGUCGUCGUCGUGUGCUGUCGGAAAGGGGAUAUUGUCCUCGGGAAGCCAGACUGGCAUGAAUAGCAAAAACAUCGCUGUAGCAUCUUCUUCUUCUUCUUGUGGCCUGCAGACGCGUUGCAGGAUAGCCAAGCGUCACUUUGUGAGAAAGUUGCCGAGUUGUUCGUCUUCGGACGCGUCGGACGAAGAAGAGGCGAAGAAGAACCAGAAGCAGCAGCAGAUGUUGCUGUGGAAGAGACGGGAUUCUUCGCACGAUGACUCGAGUGCAGAGGAGCAACAGCAAAUGCCUGUUCGUCCUCCAGCUGAUGUAGUGACGACUACGACGACGUCGAAGAAAAUCGUCUCUGCUGACGGGCUGCAAAGGAGGCAUUCGAGUAAUGAAAUUUGGAGGAGUAGACCCGCUGGAAGGCGUAUCAGUCUCAUGCGUCAAAGCCAGUCGUUGAGCAGGAUCGGAGAACUGCAAGUGCUGAUUUUGGACCCUCGAGCGAAGCGGGCGACAUCUGCGGAUGGUAUGAGGUUGCUGAGAGCGACGACCCCGCCUACGUCAUCGUCGUCGUCACCUGUGGAGAACAGAGACGACGGUGCUGGCGGCACUACGACUAUAAGCGUGAAGAAGCGUGGCAAGAUUAAGUCGUUCAUGGAUAAACGGAGGGUUGGAGCUGCUACCAGUGGGACGGCGGCUGCUGCUGUGGCCAGACAUCAGCACGGCAAGUGUCCUGGCCCGAGUGGCGGCGGCGGCACCACCAGCACAGGGGCAGGCAAAGCGUGCAACAUGUCGAGGGUGUUGGUGAAUAUUGCAGGAAUGUUCAAGAACACAUUCCAAAGUGGCUUCUUGUCAAUUUUGUACAGCAUUGGGAGUAAACCUCUGCAAAUUUGGGACAAGAAGGUGAGAAAUGGUCACAUCAAGAGGAUCACAGACAAUGAUAUUCAAUCUCUAGUAUUGGAGAUCAUUGGUACUAAUGUGAGUACAACGUUCAUCACAUGUCCUGCUGACCCCAGGAAGACUCUGGGCAUCAAGUUGCCGUUUCUGGUGAUGAUUGUGAAGAAUCUCAAGAAGUAUUUCACGUUUGAAGUACAGAUCCUGGAUGACAAGAACGUCAGACGUCGAUUCAGGGCAAGUAAUUACCAGUCAACGACGAGAGUCAAACCGUUUAUUUGCACGAUCCCAAUGAGGAUGGACGAGGGUUGGAACCAGAUUCAGUUCAAUUUGGCGGAUUUCACGAAAAGGGCGUAUGGGACGAACUACGUGGAAACGCUUCGAGUGCAGAUUCACGCCAAUUGCAGAAUCCGUCGGGUGUACUUCUCGGAUCGUCUGUAUUCAGAAGACGAGUUGCCCGCGGAAUUCAAGCUGUAUUUGCCGGUGUCGAACAGGAUGAAGAAUUGACGAUUUCCUUGGUGCAGCUUGUUCUGUUGAUUAGUUUUUUUUUUUUUUUUUGCGAGUCUAAAUUGUUUUGCAUUGUUUUCUCUAAGGAUUCCACGUGCGCAAGGAUUUUUUCUAGUUUUUCGCGUCUGUUGUAACAAGCCAUUUUUGUCAGGUGUCAUUUUGCGAGUUACAGUUCUCACUCUUGAGUUGCCAAGUUUCUGACCAAGCGCGAAAUUUUUUUCAUGUGGCAUGUGCUGUCAGCAGAAUUUUGCUUACCUCGCCUUUUUUUCAGCGAAAAUAAGAUAAGUUUGGAGUUUCAAAACCUUUCAGUGGGUUAAUGAAACGCUGCUAGACUAAAAAAAAAUGAAUAAUUUGACGUUUCGAGGCUUUUUUUUUUAAAUUGACGUCGAAGGAACGUGCGAUAGUGAAAGAAAUGAAAAAAAAAAAAAAUCCUGAAAUCAUCUGGAAAAUAUCCAAGUGAUCUUCACUUGGGAAAUUUGGAUGAACAAUUUUUGGCCUUUCAAGGAUAUCUUCACGGUGGAAAGGCAGAAAUCUUUUUUCUAAGCAAUUUUUCUUCAUUCUGUUACUUUUGACGAGAAAAUGUUCAUUUUGGGGAUCCCAAAAAUGUCCUGAAGGUCAGCUUUUCUUUGAAGUGACGAACACUUGUUUUCCAGUUGAUGCAAGGAUUUUUUUUUCACCUUUAUGUGACAUUCUCUUAAGUUUCCUUCGACUGUAAUUUCAUUAAAAUAUGCCGUUAACUUCUUGAGUUUUUCGAAUCUAGUGACUUGAAUCUGCCUGUAUCACGCAUGAAGAAAGUUGAGAACUUUCUGGAUGCCUUCUAUGCAAUGUCUGCCGUCCAUUUCUCCAUUUCUGAUACUGUAUUAGCAUUUCCCAAGGAAAGGAAAAGUACUCAAAUAACUGCACAAUAUGAGUAAUUUUUGGCUUGUGAGUCCUUUUAUACAAGGGCCUUAGAAGAGCAAACUUUUCUAGACCUCGCAAUUCAACGAUUGAUUUGUUUCUCCCUUUUUGUGGUAGCCGUUCUGUGAUGCUUGGUUCAUUCUUGCACUUGCAGAAAAAAAAGGCACUGAUCUCAAUUGUGUUGGGCUUGUGUGCGAUGAAUAUGAAGCUGAGAAAAGCAGAGAA